AUGGGGAAUGAGGCUUUUGAGUUGCUGUAUGUAUCUGUGUUUAGUAAAAUGGCAGAAUCCAGUAUUUCAGUGGCUCAGGAUCAGUUAAGCUGUUCAAUCUGUCUGGAUCUACUGAAAGAUGCAGUGGCCCUUACCUGUGGACACAGUUACUGUAUGAGCUGUAUUACAGGCUACUGGAAUCAAAAGGGAGUCUACAGCUGCCCUCAGUGCAGACAGACCUUCACUCCAAGACCUGUUUUAGGUAAAAACACCAUGCUGGCUGAAGUGGUGGAGAAAAUCAAGAAGACAAAACUCCAAGCUGCUCGUCCUGCUCAGUGUUUCGCUGGAUCUGGAGAUGUGGAGUGCGACGUGUAUUGCCGUCAGCUCACUUUGGAUCCAAAUACAGUGAAUAAAAACCUGGUACUGUCUGAAGAGAACAGAGUGAUUGAAUACACUCGUGAAGAACAGCUGUAUCCAGAUCAUCCAGACAGAUUUGAUGGUUUUCCUCAGGUGUUGUGUAGAGAGAGUGUGUGUGGACGCUGUUACUGGGAGGUUGAGUGGAGUGGUUGGGUGGGUAUAUCAGUGUCAUAUAAGAGAAUCAGCAGGAAGGGAUGGGGAAAGGAGUGUGAGUUUGGUUGUAAUGAUCAGUCCUGGUGUUUGUACUACUCUGACUCCAGCUGCUCAUUCUGGCACAAUAACGGAAGGACUGCACUCCCUGUAGUCUCCAGCUCCUCUAGAAUAGGAGUGUAUGUGGAUCACGGUGCAGGAACUCUGUCCUUCUACAGCGUCUCUGACACAAUGACCCUCAUUCACAAAGUCCACACCACAUUCACUCAGCCUCUCUAUGCUGGAUUGCCGUCAGCUCACUUUGGAUCCAAAUACAGUGAAUAA